GCUGUACCUCGCUUGGUUUCGCACACUCGCACACUCUCCUUGCCCCACAGUCCCCACCGCCAUGCGCGUCCCCCGCUCCGUCUUCUACGCCACGCGCGCCGCGCGCCCGUCCCAGUCCGCCGCGGCGCACAGGCUAGCCUCGGUCCUGCGGCUCUACUCGACCGCGACGCCGGUCCGCGACUACGAGGCGCAGCUGCGCGGCGUGCUGGACAAGGCGGCGCGAAACGUUGAAGCAGGCGUGCGCGCGCCCGAAGGAGACGACCCGCGCCUCCGCCUCAUCAUGGUCGCCAAGCCUGGCGCGGGGAAGGGUACACUGAGCUCGCGCCUCGUUAAGAAGUACAACCUCAACUUCAUCUCGACGGGCGAUGUGCUGCGACACGAGAUCGGCGCCGGCAGCGAGCUGGGGAAGCAGGUGGAGAAGAUUGUGGCCGAGGGCGGCCUGGUUCCCGACGAGCUCAUGGUCGAGCUCGUGCGCAAAGAGCUCGACCGACACGUGGAUGCGAGCUGGAUACUCGACGGGUUCCCACGCACGCUGAGCCAGGGGCGGAUGCUAAACGAGGUCUUGACGUCUGAAGGCCGGCCGCUCAACCUGAUCGUGAACCUCAACGUGCCGGACUCUGUAAUUCUCUCGCGUAUCCAGGCGCGGUGGGUCCACCUCCCCUCGGGGCGGGUGUACAACGACGACUUUAAUCCGCCGAAGACGCCCGGCGUCGACGACGAGACGGGCGAGCCACUCUCCAAGCGGCCGGACGACACGCCCGAGGUCUUCAUCAAGCGCCUGCGGUCGUACUACGAAGCGACGGCGCCGCUGCUCGAGAUGUAUGCCGCAGAGUACCCCGACUGCCUGCACUCGCUGACGGGCAACACGUCGGACGAGAUCUGGCCGCAGCUCAUGGCGGUCGUGGCGCCGCUGCACGAACGCGCGGACGCGUAUGCGGCAGAGGAGGACGCGCAUGUGCGUGAGGAAGCAGACGAUAUGCGCGAUACCACCGAGGUGCAUGUCGGCGACAAGACGGCGCAUAUCCGAUAGUGGGGUGUAUGUACUUGUGUGAAGGCGGGGUGGGCGUGUGGACGGUGGUGUGGACGGGUGUGUGUGGCACGAUAUGUUAGAUACGUGGGUGGGAAUCAGCGAAAGGCAGCGCUGUAGAACAGGGGGCCGUCCACGCCUUGCGAGUCGUGUUGAUUCAUACUUCAGUCUAACGCAACGAGGAG